AUGUCCACCCCGAAGGCCACCAGGGCGGACGCUGCAACGACGGGGUCUAAGCUGGAGAAUGUGCUCAAACUUUCCGUGGACAGACUGCAGGACCUUACCUCGUCUCCCGAAUCGUUACCCCUUCGCCCUGUCGACUCAGAGGGGUCACAGCAGGAGUCUUGCAAGCGACCCAGUGCUUACAACAUUGAUCCAGCAUCAGACAAAUAUAGCGGACAGGUCAAGUUCGAAAAAGAUAGCUUCCACACGACACCAUUUACCAACUCUCCCAUUCUAGGUCCGCCAAUUGGCGAGGACCAGAAGAAAGCACGGAACCUCACAAUUGAAACUGGCAAUCGGCCCUUGGAGUCCUCAAGCAGCCCUAAAUCACGGCCUUGGGCUCCCCAGCGAGCUGUGUCGACUCCAACAUCAGCCAGAAACCCUCAGUCCCCACAUAAGUCUGAGAAGAUACGACCUUCCCUCAAGCUGCCGGAGGCUUCGUCGCGCUUCGAAGGAAACGACGGAAGGAGAUAUUCCUCUUCGGGCCGUCCGCUGCCCUCUCCGAUGCCAGCAUCCAUUCCUCUACCGCCAGUCUCAAUUCCUACAUACCUGCAGCUUGAGCUAUCCUCGCAACGGCCGUCCCCACUCUACAUCCAUCGCUCCGCCAACAGUGACUUCCCAUACGAAUCUUCCCGGGCAAAGACUGAAAGGUUAUUGAACUUCCUUCUCCUUCCUCCUCACCUUGAGAGUGUGCUCUGGUUUGGGACUGUUGCAUGUCUCGACUCGUGGCUAUACAUAUUCACCAUACUGCCGCUCAGGUUGUUAAAGUCCUUCUAUCUCCUCACCAAAUCCUGGGGAAUCAAUUUUGCAACCGAGGUCAAUUUCGUUUCGAACUUUGUCUACAAUGGUGCCGGCCGGAUGUGGACGCGGCGUCGCGGCAGUCUCCCACCUAAUUCGACUCGCAAGACUUCCGGUCCCAAUGCGCCUGACACCCGGCCUUCUCACAACCCUCUGCAUGGUCGCACGCGAUAUCAUCAGCGGACAAAGUCUGUUCCAUCAACUUUGCUACCAGAUGACAAGGCAGAUAUGCUGAAAGGUCUCUUGAUCAUCAGCACCUGUUUAAUCCUCCUGAGACUCGAUGCGAGCCGGAUGUACCACUGGGUUAGAGGGCAAGCUGCCAUCAAGCUUUACGUCAUUUACAAUAUCCUAGAGGUGUGCGAUCGUCUCUUCUCAGCCAUAGGACAGGACGUGCUUGAGUGUCUGUUCUCUCGGGAGACUCUUGAGCGCAAAGCAGAUGGCCACAGCAAAAUAUUACGGCCUUUCUGGCUGUUUGUCCUUGCGCUCGUCUACUGCGUUAUUCACGCCACAGCACUAUUUUACCAGGUCGUUACACUUAAUGUGGCCGUCAACUCGUACUCGAAUGCGCUGAUCACAUUACUAAUGUCUAAUCAAUUCGUGGAGAUCAAGGGGACUGUGUUCAAGAAGUUCGAGAAGGAAAACCUUUUCCAACUGACCUGCGCCGAUGUUGUUGAACGAUUUCAACUGUGGCACAUGCUUAUCAUCAUUGCAGCCCGCAAUAUCGUCGAAACGGGCGGUCUCAAUAGAGGUCUAGCCGCCUUCACAGCUGCAUCAUCUGCGACUGCGUCAGCAACAACUACAAGCAACGGCAGCAUACCGUUGACUGCCGCCUUUCCGCCAAGGUCAGCAAGCUCGAUCCUUCCUAGUGCUUUCACUUUACUGCCUACAAUGGUGGAGUCGAUAACGUCGUUUGCACCUGCUGUCAGCCAAGUACUGGGACCCUUCCUCGUGGUGCUCGGGUCGGAGAUGCUGGUGGACUGGCUGAAACAUGCCUAUAUCAGUAAAUUCAACAACACUCGGCCUGCUAUCUAUGAUCGCUUCCUUGACGUCCUGGCCAAAGACUACUACACAAACGCAUUUGGCGAGCAGAACCUUACAAAACGCUUGGGGCUUCCGGUGAUACCGUUAAGUUGCCUCUUCAUCCGAGCAAGCGUACAAACCUAUCAAAUGUUCAUGGCAGCCUGGGUGCCGUCAAGUUCACCCAGUUCAUCAACCAGCCUGGCAAGUAUCCACGAAGACUACUCGGCAGUGCGAUCGACACUUCCAAUAACGACGGGAACGGCGAUCUCAAGAACAGUGGACGAUAUCAUCAGAUCCAUACCGAAUGUGAUCAUGAAAUCCAGCAUUGUCACGCACAUGACGACUCUGCUCGUUUUUCUCCUCUUUUUCCUGAUACUACUAGCCUGCAAGCUCGUCCUUGGCAUGCUUCUGUUAGCGUUCGCAAGGUCACGUUAUCAUUCGAUGAAGCUACGCGAAAAGAGCGCGGUUCACCAGGUGGAAGGUGGGCGUCGUGUUGGCGGCUGGGGUGUCGUCGAGGUCGAUGAAGACAAACGACGCUGGAUCUAUGAGGACGACCCGGCCGGGCUACGAGCACUUCGUGAAAGAGACGAAAGGGAAAGGCAGAAGCAGCAGAGAGAAAAGGAAAAAGGGCAUGGUGUUGAAGCAUUUGACAAAGUCCAGCGCUAUGAGAUGGUAGCAAAGCGGAUAUGGUGA